AUGGCUCCUCCGACAGGACCAGCGCGAACCACCCGCAGCUCCACCAGAGGCGGUGCCGGUGCACGUCGUGGUGGUGGUGCGGGCAGGGUUGACCGCGACGGCGACCUCGUCAUGGAUGCGUCGAUAAAAUCAACCAAGUCAGGCGGAGGCAUCGGCAAGAGGUCCGCAAAUAAUGACAAGAACGCUUCAUCAGCAAAACGCGGACGUCCCGGCCUGCGUAGCGGACCCCCAGGCCGGUCGGCAAUAGUGGCUGCGCAGGACAAGAUCUUGCGACACAUCAACUCGAAUGGUUCAGAAGUUAGCACACGCCCCAGGCGAUCACACAACACAAUAAUUCUUCGGGUCGAAGGCCUCAAGCAGAGCAAGGCCUCCAGCAACCAAGACCAAGGCUUACGGAAUAUUCUUGAUUUUCUGGAGCGCAAGGCUCAAAAUAUGUGUAAAAGGACGGUAACUGUCAAAAAGUCUCAUCUUGAUAAGAACCUCGUUCUCCAUGUCCUCGCUAGUAAGGAGGACGCGGAAGAGAUAGUGAAACUCAACGGCUGGAUGUUUGCUGGCACCACUCUUGCUAUCACCGAGAGCGAUCAUGGAUGGCCCGGUGACUCGAAGACACAUAGUGCAUCGCAACCGUCGGCGGAAGCCUCAGAAUUAAAGGAGAAGUUCAAAGCCAUUCUGAGCAGGCGUUAUGAUAUUGAACGGAAGCUGUUAGAUCUGUCAGGCCUGGGCCAGGACCCCGUUCUCUCAGAGAUGGCAGCAUUCGCCGACAAGGAACGUGCCGAGAAGACAUUCAUGGCUCUGAUGACCAUAUGCGACGAAGUUUUCUCGGGUGCUGAACAGAAGCGCGAGGCCAUACAUAGUGUUUCACUCGCCAACAACUCGAUCGAUCACGUUAGCCGAGUAUUUACCCUAGCCACUACCUUUCCGGACCUGAAGCACCUAGACUGCAGCGGAAACCUCUUCAAGGACAGCAGGUCUCUAUCCAGGUGGAGACACUACUUCAAAGGCCUCGAGACCCUACUGCUUACAGGCAACCCGAUCGAGACGAACGAGCCCAGCUACAAGGAGGAAAUAAUGAAGUGGUUUCCAAAGCUUCAGCUCCUCAGUGACACCACGGUCCGAACUCCGGAGCAGAUUGCAGCCGAGGAGGCCGCUAAAGCUGCCAUGCAACCUAUACCAAUUCCUCAAGGCGGGGCCGACUUUCGUGAUGCCGGCAGUAUUGGAGAACAAUUCCUCCUCCAGUUCCUGCCCAUGUUCGAUACAGACAGAGCAGGCCUUGCUGCCAUGUUCUAUGACGAAAAAACCAGUUUCUCGCUCUCGGUGGUUAACCAGGCACCGCGAGACGUCGACACUCCAGUCCCAUCGUGGCAACCAUACUUAAAAUACUCGCGCAACCUGGUCAAAAUUACCCACCCCGGACCGCGCAUUCAACGCCUUCUGAAGGGGCGCCAGCUGAUCCAGGAGCUGUGGAAGAAUCUACCAGCCACCAAACACCCGGAUCUUGUCAGCAGCACUAGCAAAUACCUCGUCGACUGUCACCCACUUCCCGCGCUUGCUGACCCCAGCAGUCAAAGCCCGCAGGGGGUCGAUGGCCUCAUCAUCAACAUACAUGGUGAAUUUGAGGAGAAGGAUCCCAAUAGCGACAACAUUGGUCAACGAAGCUUCUCCAGAACAUUUGUCCUUGGCCCUGGUGCACCUGGCGGCCCGCAGGUUCGUGUGGUGAGCGACAUGCUCUCUCUACGUGCAUACAACCCCAUUCCGCCACCCCAGGGAGCACCAACAAGCAAUGUUCCCCCUGAGAACCCUGAACUACAGAAGCAACAGCUUGUGGCUGAGCUUUCUCGGCGCACAAACAUGACACCCGAGUAUUCAGAAAUGUGCUUGACCCAGGUCAAUUGGGACCUGGAAGCUGCGAUGAUAAAGUUUCGGGAAACAACGCUCGGGCCCGAAGCUUUUAUCAACGGCGUGCCAGCUGUCCAGGCCUGA